AUGUCCAACAUCGCCGAAGGCACCUCCCUCAAUGUGGGAAGCCACAAGGUCAACGUGGUGCGUUUCUUAUCUGAGGGCGGGUUCUCCAAGAUCUACGAAGUCACCAUGGAUCCUCCUCACGACGGCACGGAGGUGGGCUGCCUCAAGCAGGUCAUAAUUCCGGAUAAGAGCGGACUCAAUGCGUUACGUAAGGAGGUGGAUGUCAUGAAGACGUUGAGCCUGGCCAAACACAUUGUGCGCUACUACGAUUCCAAUGCCGAGAGAUUGGCUGACGGGCAAUACCAGGUGCUUGUGUUGAUGGAGUUGUGUCCUAACAAGUCGUUGUUGGAGUAUAUGAACGCCCGCAUCCGUACAAAGUUGACCGAGAAGGAGAUCCUCAAGAUCAUGGUGGAUAUCACCUUGGGACUUUACGAGAUGCACAAGAUCAAACUCAUACAUAGGGACGUCAAGAUUGAGAACGUCUUGAUAGACGCCAAGAACGUUUUCAAGCUUUGUGACUUUGGCUCCGUGUCGGUUCCGAUCCGGCCUCCAAAAGACCAGCGUGAGUUCCAGCUAUUGAGCCACGACAUCCUUUACCAAACAACUCCGCAGUACCGGGCGCCCGAAAUGGUCGACUUGUACCGUGCCCAGCCAAUUGACGAGAAAUCGGACAUUUGGGCUUUGGGUUGUUUUCUUUACAAGCUUUGUUACUACACGACGCCCUUCGAGGCCCAGGGUGACAUUGCCAUCCUCCAUGCAUCAUUUCAGUUCUUGCCCCAGCCGGAAUUCUCGGGCGACUUGAAGAACCUUAUCAUCAUCAUGCUCCAAGAGAAUCCGCUCUACAGACCUAAUGUGGUGCAGAUCUUAAUGCUCCUUUGCCAGAUGACGGGGCAGAAGCUUGAGGAGUAUGACGUGGAAGACUUUUACCACGCGGGACCUUACAACUUCCAAGCCUUGCACGAGAUGCAACAGCAGAAACAGGAGGAGCUCCGCAAACAGCAACAGCUCUAUUUCGAACAGCAGCAGAAACAGCAAGAGUACGAAAUGCGCAAGAUCAAGGCUCAACAGGAGCUGCAAAAGCCCAAGAGAUCCUCGUCCCAGCGCUCCCUGUCUCAGCAACCAUCCAUCGACAACUUGCUGCCAAGUGUGCUGAAUAUUCCUAGCCCUAGCAUCAAAGCACAUGGAUCAUCCGCAUCCCUUGCAUCUCAGCAACACGCUCAGGCGUCCGCAGUCCCAGUUACCCACGAUGCUGCAACCCAACUGCCCUACCUUGCAUCACAGAUCCCCAAGCAGGGUCAUGUUCUUCCUCAGGGCUCUCCACUUGUUGCCGCUUCGUCUCCUGCUUCACAAAAGAGCAAGUUGCACCAGGUAUCUUCAAUCAAGAACGACUCUCAGGCAAACCUUGCCCAAUUAAACCACCAAUACAACUCGUCCAAUAAUCCAUUCCCAAUCCUGAAGGAAACUCCUUACCCUGUUGAUCAGCAAUCAGAGGGGGAUGCUGACGGGGAUGCCGAUGGAUCUGCCGAUUUGGAGCAAGACUUGGAAGAGAUAUCCAAGUUGGCCAAUGCCGAGGAGCGGUACCCAUCCUUGGAUGCUCUCAACGAUGAUGUUGUGAAUUCAGCGUCUGCUUCAACGCACAGAAAGUCUCUGGACUUUAGCGUGAAAACUGGGCUGGGCCCUAGUGCACCAGGCAGUCGUAAGCAUCUGCAAGACCCUGACUUGAAGAGACCUACCGAGUUUGAAUCCACACAUGCUUGGGAGAAGCCAUCACAAGCGAUUGACAAGGAUGCCGAAAAGCUAGUGGAUGAUAUCUUUGCUUCUAAAACCGGACCAAGCGAUACUGCUGGCACUUCCGUUCCAUCUACAUCAUCCAAAGAGCCAAUUCCUCCGCCAAAGACGGAUGAAGGCUCGAAGGACUACUUCUACGAGCAGCCAGCUGCACAAGUGAAGAGCGAGCUUAAUGUUCAGAAGGGCAACGCUAAGGGUGCCGAACCUGCAACACAAGCGCCAGCGCCAGCGCCAGAGCCAAGAGCUCAAUACGACAAUAUUUCCAAUGGUUUGCAGCGGCCUUCGCAUUUGCAAGGAUCACUUUCCAUGGACCUGUCAGCCACGUUGGCCCAGAAGCCUAAUCACUCGCAUUCUUACAGUAUGGGUACUGUGCCAUUACAAGAUGGCCGCAAGGGCGCUAACCCUUGGGGCGAAUCAUUGAAGCAAGGAAGAAGCCCCAUGCCAGCAGCGGUGGCUCCCACAAUGGAGGAUAUGAACAUCGGUCAAUUGUCAUUGAAUGAUCCCUUGCCUCCGCCAGCACAACCAAUACCACAGCAGAAGCAACCGCAGCAACCACCACAGCCACAAACGGGCAGCAGAGGUCCCUCGAUUGAACUUGAUCGUGACCUCAUUGAACUUGAAGUUGGUCUUUCGUCGGGUGAAAGUUCAGAGGAUGCCCCACCACUUCCGCCCCACCCAGCACGCAAGCAGGUCGAGGAGGUCCUCGUGGACUUGGACAACAAAGAGGAGAAGAGAAAGCCUAAGAUGAAGAAGAGCUUGUCGCAGAACCCCGGCCAGCCUUUCGCCGUUAGAGAAGAGGUGAUUGACUUUGCUUCUGACGACGAGAACCAGCAGCUGGAGAUGAGCAGGUUGUCGAUCCGCAACUCGCUUCGGAAGUCUCGUAAGCUGAGUGAACAUCGCCGCAGCGAUAGCACGCACAGCGAACACAAGCGGCGGUCAUUCUUUGGCGACUGA